AUGCAGCUUUCUUUCGUCCAGGCCAUGGACUGGUUUGGAACCUACACUCAUGUUAUUGAUGUUUUGAUACUACUCGCUGUGUUUUUCGUCGGCUUCAUUGUUCGAGGCUCUACCGCUGCCAAAUCGCCGGUCCCACUACCUGCUCAACAGUAUGGGUAUUGCAAGAAGUCUUCCACGAAGCAAAAGCACGGCGGCGAGGCCGGAUGUCCUUAUGAAUAUCUUGUCGGGAUAUAUGGUCGUCACCAUUUUGAGCCCUUCGUUAAAGGGUUCCGGCCGACUCUAAAGACGGAAGACCCAUCCAAAUACACGCUGAUCCUCGAUAUCAUGGAUGCUGUGCACUUUGCCCUGAUAUUAGUGGACGACAUAUCGGACAACAGCUAUCAACGCAAGAAUCAACCGACGGCUCAUUUAAUUUACGGAGCAUCUGAGACGGCGAAUAGGGCCUAUCUGGUUCUCACAAGGGUGAUCAAUCGAGCCUUACGCGAGAGGCCUGUUCUUGGAGCGGAGCUUCUCAAGGCAUUGGAGGACAUCCUGCAAGGCCAGGACCUAUCUCUGGUGUGGCGUAGGGAUGGAUUGAAGUCCUUUCAAUACCAAGGCAAUGAGCGGAUAGCGGCUUAUAAGAACAUGGCCGUGCUGAAGACGGGGACUCUGUUUGUGCUUCUGGGAAGACUGUUGAACGACGGCGGAGAACAAUUAGAUGAUUUGUUGACUCGAUUUGGAUGGUAUGCGCAGCUCCAGAACGACUGCAAGAAUAUCUAUUCGCAAGAGUAUGCUAGCAACAAAGGCUCGGUCGCCGAGGACUUGCGGAAUGGAGAAUUGUCAUUCCCGAUUGUUACGGCUCUCAACGAAGAGAGUACUCGUCAAUUGGUCGAGAAGGCGCUAGAAAGCAGGACUGAAGAGGACAUUGAAGCGGCCAUAGACGCCUUGCAAUCAGAGCGCGUGAAAGAAUCAUGUAUGAAGGCACUCCACGAUGCUAGCAAUGGGUUGGAUAAGCUCGUGGCGCUCUGGGGAAGGAGAGAGAAGAUGCAAGCAAGAUGGGAGAGAAGCCCGACCGUUAGAAAGAACCCACUAGACGUGCCUGUCAUCUCGUUUAUCUGCCGUAAUCGGGCCUGCCGAACGCUCAUGUCCGACAGACCAAAUUCCUCGGCGUCAGGCACGCCUAUCAAGCUAUUCGUAAUGUGCAGCGGACCGGUGGAGGAAGGGGGUAGCAUGGAGGGAGCCCAGGUUGCAAGAAAUGCCGCCAGGAAGGCGGAAAUGUGCGUGGCCGUCGAGAAGGCGAAGAGGAAACGAAGCCGAAACAUCCGGUACCUUCUCACUACCCUACGGUAA